AAUUAUAAAGGACUUUGAUUCCAAAACCCAAACUAGGGUAAACACUAUAUCGGCUAGGGUAAGUCCAGAGUCAUUAAAUUCAGACCAAACAAUAGAUGACUUAAACUCUGUUUGUGUCAAAAUUGAGACUGAUGAAUGGACAGCAUGGUAUAGUACGGCUUCUGAUUGUUAUUCCGUUUGUGCCAAAUCAGAACAGGUUCUAUGGGAUGAGAGACAUUCAGAUGGCAACAAACAAGAUGGCUUCACCUCUGAAUGUGUGAAAUCAGAACAGACUGAAUGUGAAGUUAUGUGUCAAGAUGUUAUCAGACAAGCUUGCUUCAAUUCUGUAUGUGUGAACAAAAACACGACUUCCAAUUCAAAUGCACAAGAUGAGCUACAUUCUGUAUGUGGGGCAUCACAACAGUCUCUAAAUGCAAGUACAGACCAGGGUUAUAUAGCAAUAUAUGACCUCAAUAAUGAAUGUGGUAUAGCUAAACAGUAUAUAAAGACAGAAACAGACAAUGGAAAUACAACAGCAAAUGAUCACAAUGCUUUAUGUGAUCAUACAUAUUCAAAAACACCUGAGAAUCAAGCUAAACUGGCCGACCUUAAUUCUGUAUAUCCGACAAGGGAAGAGAUUGAACUUUCAAAUGUUGACCAAUAUUGUGCUAAAUCAGCUGUGGGUGGAGGGACGAUACAAAUGGACCAAUACUCCAACUUAAAUGUUCCAACACAUUCGAACUCGGAAAAAGAUGGAGAGAAUGCUUUGGCAAGGACUGCCCCCGUUUUCCUGGAACCAGCUGAGAUUAAAUUGGAGGAAAAUUGUGACCAUGUGAAGAAAGUUAAGAGAAUGAAGAAAACGAGAUCCCCAGAAAAAGACAAGACUGAAAACAUUCUGCAAGAGAGGAACCUAACCAGCUGUAUGAGCCUGGAACCCUUAGAUAAUGACCAUUUUCUCUACUGUGGAGAAUGCAAUGAGGAGUUUGAAGGGGACUGCCCUGUCCAUGGACCCUAUAACUACAUACAGGACAAAGAGGUGCCAGAAGAAGACCCUCUUAAAGCUGAGCAUACCUUGCCAGAUUGCCUUGAAAUCAAAACAUCCAAAAUAGCUGGAGCUGGUCUUGGAGUGUUUUCCAAGGAGGAACUGGAAUCCAGGAUCAUGUUUGGACCGUAUGAGGGAAAUAUAAUCACUGACAACCAUAAGUCAGGUUAUUGCUGGCAGGGGAAGAUCUAUAAGGAUGGCAAAGGGAGUCACUUUGUGGAUGCCCAGAACAAAGCCACCUCUAACUGGAUGAGAUAUGUGAACUGUGCUAUGACGGAGGCAGAUCGGAACCUUGUAGGAUUGCAGUACAAAGGAGGCAUCUAUUACUGCACAUUGAAACCAGUUUCACCAGGUGAGGAACUGCUGGUCUGGUACAGAGAUGAAUUAGCCAAAGAGCUUGGCCUCAACAGACCCAAAAACCUGCCAAGCAGUUAUUCAAGUAAAAACAGUGGUCACUUUAAGGAACACAUGAGUAUACAUGCAGGAGAGAGACCGUACAAAUGUAAGGAGUGUGGUUAUGCAUGUUACAAGAGAAGUACCUUGAAGACACACAUGAGGAUACAUUCAGGAGAGAGACCGUACAAAUGUGAGGAGUGUGGUUAUGCAUGUUACAAGAGUAGUACCUUGAAGACACACAUGAGGAUACAUUCAGGAGAGAGACGGUACAAGUGUGAGGAGUGUGGUUAUGCAUGUAACCAGAGUUCUAACUUGAAGACACACAUGAGGAUGCAUACAGGAGAGAGACCGUACAAGUGUGAGGAGUGUGGUUAUGCAUGUAACCAGAGUGGUGACUUGAAGACACACAUGAGGAUACAUUCAGGAGAGAGAUCGUACAAAUGUGAGGAGUGUGGUUAUGCAUGUAACAAGAGUAGUACCUUGAAGACACACAUGAGGAUACACACAGGAGAGAGACCGUUCAAGUGUGAGGAGUGUGGUAAAGCAUUUAAACUGAGUGGUAACUUAAAGAAACACAUGAGGAUACACACAGGAGAGAGACCGUACAUGUGUGAGGUGUGUGGUUGUGCAUGUAACCAUGGUAGUAACUUGAAGAGACACAUGAUGAUACAUUCAGGAGAGAGACCGUACAAGUGUGAGGAGUGUGGUUAUGCUUGUAACAGGAGUUCUGACUUGAAGACACACAUAAGGAUACAUUCAGAAGAGAGACCGUACAAAUGUGAGGAGUGUGGUUAUGAAUGUAACAACAGUAGUUCCUUGAAGACACACAUCCAGAUACAUACAAGAGAGAGACCGUACAAGUGUGAGGAGUGUGGUUAUGCUUGUAACAGGAGUUCUGACUUGAAGACACACAUGAGGGUACAUUCAGGGGAGAGACCAUACAAGUGUGAGGAGUGUGGUUUUGCAUGUAGCCAUAGUGGUACCUUGAAGAAACACAUGAGGUUACAUACAGAAGAGAGACUGCACUAAUGUGAGGUGUGUGGUAAAGGAUUAAAACUGAGUGGUAACUUGAACACAAACAUGAGGAUGCAUACAGGAUAGAGACUGUACAAGUGUGGGGCGUGUGGUUAUGAAUGUAUUCUGAGUAGUACCUUGAACACAAACACGAGGAUACAUUCAGGAGAGCGACUGUACAAGUGUGAGGAAUGCGGCUAUGCUUGUAACCAGAGUUCUGACUUGAAAAAACACAUGAGGAUACAUACAGAAGAGAGACUGUACAAAUGUGAGGUGUGUGGUU